AGUUAAAAAGGAUAAGCGACAAGAAAGCCAGUUCAAGAUUACCGGGGAGACUCCACGAUCGAAUCAGUGAUCUCUGUAUCGCUUCGGUAACCUAGUUACCAUGGAGAAUUUAUUGGAAGUACAAAAAUCGCUUUAUGGUCCCGGAGUGGAUGGCCCUCCGAUGAUUUUUGAACCCGAAGCAUCUGCGUUUCAGCUCGAAACGGUAGCRCMUCGUCCAGCGAAACGCUCUAAAACUGGGUUGCCGCAAAACGAAAUGCAGGAGAAGCAGACGGAGAGGAAGAAAAGUGCUGUUGUGCGGCGAGACCUAUUCGCCCAAUUGAAAGCAAAAGCGAAACCCCUACCUCAACAGUUAGCACCCUGUCAAAUGCCCGGCGAUUUCCCUCCCGAACUCUCAUUCCGUGCAAUGGCAGCAUAUUCCUUGCUAAGGACUCUUAGCAUACAACUUCGGCUGUCCCCUUUUGCCCCGAAUGUGUUCUUGMGAGCUCUGUAUUUGCCCAUCCCCACUCGACUCUUGGGAGAAGUUCAYGUGGCCAUUCUGCGCAUCCUCUUUGCCCAAAAACUGAAAAACAUGGGGUACUCUUACAAAGCUGGUGGCGGGGGUGUUGGAGUACACAAAAAACGCCAACACGACAACAUUCGAUGGCCCUUGCUGGCRGGGGACAACCUUACCCAUCUCGACAUUUACUCSUGGCCACUAUUUUACGAUGAUUAUUGCCACUUGACGGCCGACCGGCUAUGGGCAAGCUAUCACGGGCCUCUCGAGCCAGAUAGUGAUGAUGCCCAGGAUCACAAGAACUACAUUGACUUUCGCAACAUUGGACUAUUCGGAUCUUCUCCGGGGCAUGAAUAUCGGACGAAACAGUGCGCGGACGGUGUGACAUUACCAGCAGCGAAUCAAAAAAAAUAUUUUCGGGCGGGAUAUCGAGAAGCAAAGACAGCRCACGGCCAGGGGAAAGGCGAGUGUGCUAAACAAAAAGAGUCAUAUCAGGACAGCAACGAUGAAAWUUUUUUGUCCAAGAAAAGUCAAGUGCRCCAUGUCGAGAGAGGUGACGCGGAUCGAGCGGCAACAACCAACUUGCUUCACUCCGACCACUCAAAAUCCGAAGAGGAAUAUACGGCAGGUGAUGACGACGAUGACAACGAUGAAGAUUGGACAAAUAAACCAAAACCAAAGAARAAACGCCGCCGGGUAGUGAAAAAGAAUGUUUCUGCCGGAAGUAUUUCAAUCAAGCCUUCGAUUAGUGCACACAUGCCAAAKGCKKCGAUGCCGGGAUCUACAGACAAAGAACAACAAAUGGCAUCGGUCCCGAAUCAUUGGUCUCGAAUCACUUCAUCCCCACCAAAAUCAGCGCCAACUCUAGCAAGUGCAAUAAAUGAUGGAUCUACUCCGAGUUGGUCUCGAAUCACUUCUCUUGAACCAUCGCCACAGAAAGAGUUACAGCCGAAUAUAUUGCCUCAAUCCGCCACAACUCAAAACAAUUUCGAUCAAAAGGAAGACGUGAAUAAGCCAACCAAGUCAGUACAAAGCCUAGGUGACAAAAGCCAACUCYCUGCUUCKGGCUUGAUCAAURCAAACAACAACAACAUUGAUUGCAAGCAAACAAUUCUGUCUUCGGGAUUAUCCAUGACGACAUCUCUCCUAGUUAAGGUUAAUGGAGGUAUGGAUAUGCCAUCCGAAAAGGAUUCGACAGCCAAGAUCGGUGCCGACUGUAGUCGACCAAUUCGGCCAACGGAUACAYCCAAUUCGAUGCCAACAGAUAGCGACGUUCCCAGAUAUAUCGACAAUUUCAAAGAUCCAAAGAAAGAAACCGAAUUGUCGAAUACGAUUACACAGUCAACCACAGACGUUCAGCACGACCCAGCGAUUGCACCCAAAGAAUCAUCGUCGUCGGAGUUACUCUURAAUUCUACGUCGGAUUCUCACAACGCUUCCAAUUGCAAUCAGAAUACAGAAAACAAUUCCACUGACAUUUCGUUGGYAGUCAGAGCAACUCAUGAUAUUCAUGACCCGACUGCGAUGAUGUCCCUACAGGCGGCAGUUGUGACAGAGCCYGGGGCGCAUGUGUUGGCAACCCCAGGUCAGCAUAGUUCAASACCGAAUCCAACAARCGUAGGSCAGCCAGGCAAGUGUACUGAAUCCGAUUUGAUUUGUCAGCAGUCACAACAGAUACAGGAAGAAGAGAAAGAAACGGAYAACAAUAUUCUUAGAAUUAGAGGUGGCGGGGGUGCUGAYGAUUCUAAAACGAAUAAGUCCUUCAAUAGCGGUGUCAAUAUGCAGAAGAUGGGCCGCCCACGAGGAUCACGGAGAGCAUUGCCAAUUCACAACCGGACAGGUGCAUCACGAACAACAAACCUUCCCAUGCAUCGACACCAAUUUACAAUGCCGCCGCUUCAGCAGCAAUCCAAUCAACAGCAAUCGUUAUUCCAGCAGCAAGAGUACCGCUUUUACCAAGCGCAAAUAAAAGCGCGAGCAAWUGAGAAUUUUGGCAAGCCCAUUACACUUGCUGGCAUAAAUUCAAUUACUUCCGGAGCUUCCAAAGAAARCCCGAGCCAAUUGAAACACCUACAGUUCCUAAACGCGCUAUCAAAUCAAGARCUUCAUCCACUWAAAAAGGGCCGCUUUGAAGUUGAGGAUCAUAGGGAACUGCUGGAUGCSCCCUAUUUAGUGCCGGAUGAUGUUCGAGACGCAAUAAAUGCUUUUGUGUAUGAUCCGUCUAGUUAUAAGCGAAAAGCGACCAAUGUUGAAGUCCUCGGUGAUGACGAUCACCACAGCGUUCAUAAGAGAAGUGAUAAGGAGGACUUGUUUGAAAAGGAGCUUGAAAGAGAUUUAUGGUUGCAUUUCAAACCUUUGAAAGCUAUGCGUUCAGGUAUUCCUUAUCAUCGCCUUCCGMCUGAGGACAAGAUUAAUAUGCUUGAAUUUCUCAUAGACGAGCUUUUGACAGUUGACGCAAUAUCUGCAGAGUUCCAGAAACGUCGUAUUCGGACUGAAUACCACGAAACUCCUUAUGGUAGCUUACCAGACGAAGAAGAAUACAAAAAUUUAGACAACAAUGAUGAAUGCGCUGUGUGUGGUCAAGAGGGGGACUUACUGUGUUGUGACGGCUGCGUKUCCAGUUACCAUAGGGGUUGUCUCAACAUGAAUGCGGGACAAAGCUUACCAGAAGGCAAAUGGCUUUGCCCUGAGUGCAGUCUGGUAGACCCUUGUACUUUUGGUACAAUGCGUGGAGGACGCAAGAGCGAGCUGGAUUGGUUCACUGUUGAUGACGUAGUGAAAUGUUGCAACAAAGUAUCUCCUUGCACCUCUCAAGGAUUUGUAAGCGAGUCUCCACUAYWACWUCAAUCUUCUUUCAAAAAUCACAAUCCUCCCUCGGUUAUAGGGGUUUCAGACAAUAAAAGAUCUGGUGACGCCAUUGUCAAAAWUACCACAGAGUCAAGAAAUAACAAAGACCAACAAAACUUGAAAGAAAAGGAACUUCUAGUUGUGCACGGUUUCGUUUUUUGCAGGAAAUUGUCUUCGUCUAACCAGUUCAAACCUUACACAGCACUGUCAAAAAAAGACCUUGAAGAUUUGCUUUCUCAAGUUGGUGAAAGGGUAUCGAAAGCCUGGCCUCUAAUACAGGUCCCCUCUGCCGAUCAAACUUCUUCCUUUCCGUCAUUGAAUACUUAUUUCAAUGACAUCGCGWCAUUCAACCCUUGUCUUUACAGAAAUAAAUAUAACAGUGCACCGAUUUCKCUCCUCACAAAGGUUGGGGCUGUUCACAAUAUGACAAAGAUGAUGCAUCAGACUUACGAAUCGGAAUGCAAUAAGCUGAACACAUCAAAACUUUCCGAAAUCCUGUCUGAGGACAUGUCCCUCGACGCAGAAAUCUCCAGGUGUUUGGAGACACAAGCAACUUUAUUUGAUCCGUUUCAAAUUCUGAAAACCUACAUGUUAAAACUUGAACUGACUUUGAAAAAGUCUUGCAUGAUAAAUGAAUUUUGGGAAGGCGGUCAUUUGAAAAGUAGAAGUGAAAUAUGGGCAUCCAGAGUAAGGAGCGCUAGAUCCAUUCGAGGUUUGAGCCGUCUGCUACUAAAGUUGGUGAACGCCAUCCACGCCAAAGCAUUCACAAGUGCUUGGGUUCACAGUCAUGUGUCAAAAAGCCACGACUCGGAAGGUUCGACUUCAGAUCGAAAUUAUAAGGUUCUCCCAAGUGAUUGGAGCGAAGAGAAGGAAAAAUUGAAGCAUCGAUGGGAAAUGACACCUUCUAACAUGAUUYUUGACCUUUGUAUCAGUGGUGACAAUGAUUUGAUGGCAUUCGCUACAGGCAUUCGAUCCGAUAUCUUCAUUGCGAAACAGAUUAGCGUCAUUAAAAGCAAGAGGAAACGAAAGAAGUUUACGUCGUCAUCUAGAGCAAAAGGACUUGAAACUGAGAAUCUCAUUGCAACGUCUAAACCUUCAAUUUGUGUUGGUGUAGAACAGCAACCAAAGAAAUCGAAAGCASAGGACCUGAAUACGAAAACAACCGAUCCAGAACGUAUUGCGAAGAACGAAGCAAAUGCUUCUCCCAGAAUAGAAACGACUGAUCAAGCAACUCCAGAUUCAUUCGAUGAUCGUGAGAUAGACCAAAUAAAUKCRAAUUCUAUGCCUCGUGUUGAAAGCAAUGUCGCAAACGGCACAUUUGACGUAUUGUUAUCCACUGAGGAGAAACCAGAGGUUCCGAAGCCCCCAAUUCCUGUUGGUAUUGUUCAUUCAAACAAUGAAAUUAUGAAAAAUAGUUCGAAUGCAACGAAUUUAGUCAASAUAUUUAAGGAACCCGAAGAUCCAGACCAGAGCAAAAUGAAAGGGGAAUCAGACGAAGCCCMUGGAUGUCACACUACAACAAAAGCCGAACAAGAUUCUUCUUCAAAACAAAUGGAAACCACUGAAGAGAAGCAAGCAGAGAAUGAUAAUGAUUUGAAUGAGGAAAAAGUUGAUACAAUAAUCUCUACACCUACCUCAUCUGCGAAGAAAAAGAAGAGAAGGCAAGCGAAAUCAAGGCCACGAGAGCCCUCAAGUCGACGUCAUACGAGACGUUCAGGUCGUCUUUCKUCUGAAUUUUCGGUUGAAUGUUCAAGAAAUGCAUCCAUUUUGGAGGCCGGAGAUUUAAGUACUUCCACAAUGGAGCCUCUUGGGGGCAUGGCGUUGCAGAUUGAGAAUUCGAAAAAAGAGAAAAUACCCGGCUUGGAAAAGUUGGUCAAGGGACAGUACGCGGUUCAGGGGAUUUGGCCGAUCGCUGGAAGACAAAUUUUUCCWACGAUUGGAAAUCUACCACCUGGUGGUAAGUGGAUUCGCUUUUUUGUUCAUCUUCCUUUCUUCUAAACAUUCACUCACAUUCCAUCUUUCCCAUUCAGAAAUGAAAAGGCUGGCGAAAAAUGCUGGUUCGGCGCUAGCGGCCAACUUAAGUUACCAUACCAAUCAUGAAGUUGCCCAAGUAUGCUAUGGUCACAUUUGGAGGAAAAGAGUCGCGUCAUGCGGUCGAUUUGAAGAGCUUUUGCAUCUAAUAAGAGUUCUUGAAUCGUCGUUAGAUCGAGAGGUGAGUGAUUUUUCCCCUUCAUCGUGUGCUUGUAGACUACUGCUUUCGCUCAAUUCUAACAGCAUGUUCCAUUGCUACGUAGAUGAUUCAUCAGUSCGAGAAUCAAACCAAGCGGGGAAAGACAAAAAAUCUCAAGGUUGUGCAAAUUACCAUGAGAAAUCCGUCUUCUGGAUCUCUUGAACACUUCGUGGUGAACAAAAAAACGAAUAAAGGUUGUUGGGUACCUGCUGAGCAAUUGGAUGUAUCGUCACUGAUAGCAGAUCUCUUCCUCCGUCGUCAAAGACAAAGAGAGGAACGACUGAAGCGUGUUAGUGAAGAGAAAAAGUUGAUUGAAUACGAGCGAAAUAAACGCAUUGCAGAAGCUGUGAAGAAGGCCGAAGAAGAUAAGAGAAAACAAGAGGCAGCCCGUGCAGCUGUCAAGCGUAAGAAAAAAGAAGAGAAAGAAAAGAAAAGGCUUGAACAACAACUUAAGAAAAAAGCCCGAUUAUUGGCYGAAGCCCAUGCGCAGAAAGCUAGUGACUUGGUGAUGAAAAAGUUUGAAGCUCAGUCAGAUGUCAGUAACUGGAAGAAACAAAUCAACUAUGCAUUCGAAUCACACGAAUUGCGAACAGAAUAUGCGUUGUCCUCCUGGAUCAAUCGAGGAUCUUCAACCAUACCCGAUAAUGAAUUGAUAGAGAUCAGAAAGAGAACCCUUGUGCAGCUCAGAAAGAUAAUGGACAAGCUUCGUCAAUUGAACGAGUCAGUGAUGACCGACCAGCAACUAAUUACAAGGAUGUUUGACCACGAACACAAGGUUGCUUUAAGGUGCCAAUCAAAGAAACCUACAAUGAACGGCAUGGGUAAUUCUGAAAAUCUUACGUUUGCUACGAGUGCAAAUGCUGGAAACAAAGAAUCAAAUUCUUCUUCGGCAAUUCAUGAUAACCGUGACGACAAUGUGAACUCAUUCUCUGGACAAAAUGUUGCCACUCGCUUUACGAUUGCACCUGGGUCUAAUGAGCAGGAGGGACCAAACCAACUUUCUAUGAGCAACGGCAACCCCAACCCCAACCCCAAACAUGUUUCUCCUUCCGACAAAUUCCCUUUCGAGGAUAAUACUUUCUCGAGCCAAUCUAUCCCGAAUCAAAUACAGUCCGCGCAGAGUAGUCAUGGCUUCGACAAAAGGCUCGGUGAAUAUGGAAUGCGAAACAAUGCUCCGGGACAGAUGGGCCUCAUUAGCCAGUCAUUUGACAUUAAGUCGCAACAGUCGGCAGGAGUGAAUCCUAGCCGGAUUGGGCUUCAAAAUCCAACGUCAAUUGUAUCAUCUUCUACACCAAGCAAACAAAAUUUCGUUCUCAACGGUUCUUUUUCAAGAGACAAUAAUGCAUUCAGUAGCUCAGUGCCAGUGCCAGUGCCAGUGCCAGUGCCAAAACAAGGAGCAUUUUCUUCAAUGGAGUCCACGCAGCAAGGAAGAAAAUUUUCGCAAUCACCAAAUAUGAAGGCGCAGCAACAACAUCAGCACCAAUUUUCUAUGCACCAGCUUGCGGGACAAUACGAUGGAAAGCUAGAUUUUCAAUCAAGCACUCUAGCUCCCGACAACAGCGSACAACAGUUGGCAUCAGGUAACGCAUUGCAGCCGUAUCAAAAUAUGAUGCUAGGUCGGCAAGAUCAACAACCAGCRUACCAGCAAAUGCAGCAARCAGGAAUUCAAAACCAGAACUUUCAGUCWUAUCCACCCAAUAUGCAAUCACRUGGGGCUCUCUUUGGCAAUUCCAACGGGAACCGRCAAGCUUCUGGUGGUACGUACACCGGGAACAUUUUGAGUCACCAAAGUCCUAUAUCGAACCAGCAUGCUGCUCAGCACUUGAAYUCAGAUCGACAAAACCAAAGCCCGUUUUCCGUCCGAGGAGUUGCCAAUCAACYSCAACACCAUGUUCRGUCGCACAACGAUCAAUAUGCGCACGGUGGCAUGAACUACUUGAACCCACCGAUGUCGAUGAGCAGAGCGUAUGAUCCGUCUUACGGUGUAAAGCUUGCCAAUCCCGACUCUCAUCGUCAUCAAGCGAAGUCUCUUCCGCAGCCACAAACCAUUUCGCGUCCUGCCGUGGCCAUGGGUUAUCAACAGACSCAAGCGCAAGAAGUCGGGAACCAACAAGGUGUCYAUUUGUUCUCUGCGCAGCGCAGUGUGCAGCAACCGAACAACUUUGCCCAGUUCGAUUUCCGUCAACCUAGCCAAUCGAGUUCGAACACCCAAUCCAUGCAUCCAGUGAUGGCCAUGGCAUCGCAGCACCAAGAWCUGAAUCAAACAUCGUAUCAAGGGCAUCAGCAAUCAAAAUUACAGCCACCACAGCAUCAGUUCCAUCAUUCACUCCAAAAUAAUGAAAUGUAUGGGGCGCAGCAGCAGAGGCAACAGCAGCAACAAAACACACAGACCCAGGGGCAAUUCAAUCCCGAUUCUUUCGAGAAUAUCUUCUUUUGAUAAUAAUGAAUWUUCRUUUUU